AUGCGCGUCGGGUACAUCGGUUUGGGCCUCAUGGGUAAAUCCAUGGCCACCAACAUUCUCAAAGCCGGCUUCACAGUAAACGUGUGGAAUCGCACGGCAUCGAAGUGCGACGUUCUCGUCUCCGCCGGCGCAAAGCUGUUUACGACGCCGGCGGAGCUCGCGGCCAACUCGGAUGUCGUCUUCACGAACCUCUCCGACUCCCCGGAUGUUUACAACAUCGUGUUCGGCCCGGACGGCGUCGCCGCGGGUCUUCGGCCGGGUGCGAUCUUUGUGGACAACAGUACCAUCAAGCCCUCCACGGCGCAGGAGAUUGCACGGCGGCUGUGGGAGGAGAAGCAGGUGCGUGCCCUCGACGCCCCCGUCUCGGGUGGGGACAUCGGGGCUCGCAACGGCACGCUGAGCAUUAUGGUGGGCGGGGACGCCGCGGCGCUGGCGACGGUGAUGCCGGUGCUGCUCGCGAUGGGGAAGACGGUGACCCACAUCGGCGACUGCGGGGCGGGCCAGGUGUGCAAGGCGGCAAAUCAGAUUAUGGUGGCGGCGCAGAUGGUCGCCAUGGGCGAACUUCUCGUCUUCUCGGAGAAGUGUGGGGUGGCAGGAUCGAAGGUGGUGGAGGCGAUCAAGGGAGGCGCGGCGCAGUGCUGGACGCUGGAUGUGAAGCCGGAUCGGCUCUUCGCUGGCAACCGCGAACCGGGCUUUAAGGCAGCCCUGCAGAGCAAGGACAUGGGCAUCGUGAUGGAUUCGGCCAAGGAGUUUGGUGUGCCGAUGCCGAGCACCGCCGUCAAUGCGCAGCUGUUUCAGUCCAUGGUGCAGAACGGCGACGGGGAGUGGACAACUCGGCCGUGUUGA